AUGUCCGCUGCCAGUCUUGAUCCCACCCAACGUCUCAGAGAUCGGAAGCCGAUCCCGAAGCCGGUUCCGGCUUAUCUACCGAUUGCCGGCUCUGUGCUCACGGUUGACAAGGUGUUGUACGAAUCUGCGCAGCAAGCACCGCGAGUUCUGCUCGAGGAGUUUACGUUACCGAUUCGGUCCGGAAGGGCAUGGAAAGCACCAGCAGGCUCAAUUGUGAGGAUUAGCACCCCGGAAGGCCCUCAAGUCGGCGACCUGAACAUCUGGAACGCACACAACCCCCGUGAGCGCUUUUGGGCAAGCCGUACGAAGCAGCUUCAUGCAAGUCACGUCUCGACAGGUGACCGCUUGUGGUCGAACCUACCCUACAUGCGACCUCUGGCGACCAUCAUCAAGGACACUUUGGACUGGUAUGGCGAAGAUGAGCAUGGAGGACGCGUGCACGACCUUCUAGGCACACGAUGCGAUCCGUACAUCAACACGGUUCUCAGUGGCGGCAGCUACGAUUUCCAAUGCCAUUCCAACUUGACUCGUGCGGUUUUGCCUUAUGGUCUGAACGAGAUUGAUGUUCAUGAUGUGAUCAACAUUUUCCAGGUUACGGGGUUGGAUGAGAAGGGGCGGUACUUCAUGAACCCUUGUCCGGCGCAGCCUGGUGAUCACAUCGAGUUUUUAGCCGAGCAGGACCUGCUGAUGGCAUUGAGCACUUGCCCUGGUGGCGACUUAUCGCUUUGGGGAUUCGGAGAGGACAGCGAGGAGGAAAUGAUCAAGUGCUGCCGACCGCUGAAGGUUCAAGUUUUCCAGCUGGAAGACACAGGCCUUUUGCAGCGCGGCGGGUGGAAGCCUGCCCAAGUAUCGCAGUACAAAGGAAGACACGGAAUGAACAUUCCUCUAGGAGAGGUUCGCAACUGA